AUGACCACCUCGAAAAGCAGUAAUAAAACCCCUGAUCGAGAGGGUAAUGGGAGUAGGGUUAUCCCUAUGGAUGAGAACACACAACGUGAAUUCAUUAAGAAUAUGAACAACAUCAUACAAGAAGGUCUCGUCAAGUUGAGUCAACUCAAGUAUAGUGAGGAGAAGCAGGAGUAG